AAAAUCCUCUGGUUAUGGAAAGGAGGAGCCUCGAUCUAAAAUGUUUGAACCAAAAAUAAAUAAAUCCGCUCCUCCCGGACCAAUGAAGAACUCCCUGUUCUACGCUAGCUGCAGAAUGCAGGAUCCAGAUUUAGAAAUAUCUCGGCCAGCCUCGGACAGUCUCAUCGAGAAAUCAAGAUCUUUAUUCAGAUUUCAGAUGUCGGAGCGGACAUCAAGUGAACCUGUAUUAAGGAAUCCUAGUCGGGGAGAGGGGGAGGAUGAAGUGGAGGUUGAGGAGGACGAGGAGGAUGAGGAGGUCAAGGAGGUGAAGAAGGGUAAGGAGUUCCAGAACGAGGUCAACAAAUCAAAGGAGGAGGUCAAGAAAUCCAAGAAUGAUGUUAAUGAGAACACUACCCUUAAGAACCUAACUAAGAAGAACGUGAAAUCAAAAAUCCAGAAAACCCUGAUAAAAGAGAAAAAAAAUCCUAAAAACCACUUGAAAAAAACUUUACAGAACCCAGAAGAUCAUCAUUCAAAUGUUGAAGUAGGACGGAGUAAGUGGAGUAUAGAAAGUGAGGGGAGUAGAUGGAGUCCUUCAACAAAAUUAUUAGAAAGGGAUUCUUACUCCUACUCUUCAACGGAGGAGUUUGCCCUUAAACUACAAACAAAGAUAAGGUUAAGUGAUGAGCCCAGUGUAUCCAAGUUGUGUGUUUCAAUGAAGAAUAUUGCUGUCACAGGAGCAGGAUAUACAGUUCAAGUUCUAGGGAACUCUGAUCUAACAACUGUUGCUGGUGCUCCAACUGCUGGAGGUGGAAACAAGGUUGUUGAGGUUCAACCUGAUGUUGGACACAGGCUUGUAGGACACACAGCUCCUGUUCAUGAUAUCGAUUUCUCCAGGACAGGAGACUGGUUGGUGAGUGGGGGACAGGAUAUGAUGAUGAAAUUAUGGGAUUGGAAAUCCAGAAGAGUUAUAAUGGAUAUAAACAGUAAACGUGGAGGAUAUUUCGAGGAAAAUUACGGAGUACUCAGGAAAACUAACAAGGAAACUAAUUCAUAA